CUUCUUCAGCAUCUGGAGGCCAGGGCCCUCCAGGAGCCAGUGGGAUUCCCAGCCUUGGGCAUGGGGCAGUCGUGGGGGCUGCUGCUUCUCCUGGUGGGCAGUGUCUGGGCACAGUAUGAAAAGUAUAGUUUUCGGGGCUUCCCCCCUGAGGACCUAAUGCCUUUAGGCUCAGCCUAUGCCUAUGCCCUGGAGCAGUAUGAGGGUGAGAGCUGGAAGGAGAGUGCCCGAUACCUGGAGGCAUCGCUGAGGUUGCACAGGCUGCUUCAGGAUAGCGAGGCCUUCUGCCAUGCCAACUGCAGCAGCGCCAGACCCUCUGGGGAGCACUCCCCAGGCUGGGGGACCAAAGAAGAGCUGGAGGAGGAGUGGGGCCGAGAGCUCUGGUUUUUUGGGCAGGUGUUGGAGCGGGCAGCCUGCCUGAAGAGGUGCAAAGGGACCCUGCCAGCCUUCCAGGUGCCUUACCCUCCUCGACAACUGCUCAAGGAUUUCCAGAGUCGGCUGCCUUAUCAGUACCUGCAUUAUGCCCUAUUUAAGUCCAACCAGCUAGAGAAAGCAGUGGCUGCUGCCUACACCUUCCUGCAGAGGAACCCCAAGCAUGAGAUGACCACCAAAUACCUUAACUACUACAGGGGCCUGCUGGAUGUUGAUGAGUACCUCACAGACCUGGAGGCCCACCCCUAUGAGGCAGUGUUUGUCCAGGCUGUGAAGCUCUACAAUAGUGGUGAUUUCCGCAGCAGUGUUGGGGAUAUGGAGCGAGCUCUUGCUGAGUAUCUCACGGUCUUUGCCAGUUGCCUGGCUGGUUGUGAGGGGGCCCAUGAGCUGUCAGAUUUCAAGGACUUCUACCCAGCUAUUGCAGACCGUUUUGCAGAAUCUCUGCAGUGCAAAGUGGACUGUGAGGCCAACCUAACCCCCAAUGUGGGUGGCUACUUUGUGGACAAAUUCGUGGCUACAAUGUAUCACUACCUCCAAUUUGCCUACUACAAAUUGAAUGAUGUUCGACAGGCUGCCCGAAGCGUAGCCAGCUACAUGCUCUUUGACCCUUCAGACAGCAUAAUGCAGCAAAACUUGGUGUAUUACCGAUUUCACCGAGAGCGCUGGGGGCUGCAGGAGGAGGACUUCCAGCCCCGGGAGGAAGCGAUGCUGUACCACAACCAGACCACAGAACUCCGGGAGCUGCUAGAUUUUGCUCGUUUAUAUUUGCAAGCAGAUGAUGAGAUGGAGCUAGAGGAGUCGGCAGUAACACUGGAGUCGGAACCACCACCAGCAGACACAGAGUUUGAAGGGGAUGGUGACUAUGAGGAAGGCAUCUAUGCAGAUUGGUGGCAAGAGCCCAAUGCCAAGGGUGAUGAAGCAGAAGCAGAGCCUGAGCAAGCAUGAGUUGGAACCUUCCCUGGGGAGCACUCCAAAAUACUGGGAUGACCAGGCCCUCCUACCUCUAAGAAAGCAUCAGCAGCAGCCACAGCAACAAAUAUUUAUUAAAAAUUCAUGAUGGGGGGCGGCUAGGUGGCGCAGUGGAUAAAGCACUGGCCCUGGAUUCAGGAGUACCUGAGUUCAAAUCUGGCCUCAGACACUUGACACUUACUAGCUGUGUGACCCUGGGCAAGUCACUUAACCCCCAUUGCCCCACAAAAAAAAAAAAUUCAUGAUGAACACAACUGGCAUGACCCUCCCCCCAACCACACACCCACCCACCCCCAGCCUCAGGGUCUGUGCUUCUCCGGGUCUUCAAUUCUGCCUUCUUCAUCUCUUCUCCUCUAGUUCCUGUGGAGCUAGUGUCGCCUGUAAAAUUGGCCAAGGGGAAGGGAGAGAACUUCCCCUCUCUGCUUGGGUUAUCCUAUCCUCUCCUGUCACAACUUCCUGGACUCAGGAACCCUGGGACCUUAGCAGUGAGGCUUUGAAUGGAAGCAGCUGCAAGCCUUAAACUGGACUUUGGCAAAUAUUGGAGACAUGAGGAACAGGCCACUGUAGUGGAGAAGAGCAUUGGAAUAAGAAUUGGGAGGCCUGAGUUCAAGUCCUGGCUGUCCUAAUCAGCUCAGUGAAUUUUAGGUGGUCAGUUCCCGUCCCUGGAACUCAGUUUCUUUAUCUGAAGAAUGAGGGGGUUGGAUUGGAUGAUUGGUCCUUCCUGGACUGACAGUUGGGGUCUUAUGAGGAAGAGGAUUUGUGCAAAUAUGCUGCUAUUUAAAAUUCCAAGGAUGUGUCUAUUUUCUCUUGUCCAGUAUUGGGGAGGGGGGUGUGGUGCUGCCCGUCUUUGCAUGAGCCCAAGUUUGAAAGCAUCUGAUUUUAGAGCAGUAUAGCAAGAAUCUAGAACUAGAGAAUUGGAAAUAGUUUCUGUCUGGGCUCUGCUUUGCUGGAUUCCCAAUCCUCUGAAUGCGGGUGGUGGGAGGGAACCAAGAGGUCCAGGGACCACAUCUCAUUCUUGGGAUGGGGGAAGGGGAAAAGAGGAAUCUUUGUUUUUUGAGACAGUGAGAAAAUUAGGACUUGUUCCCCCUGUCCUAAUCUUGCCUCAGACUCAAAAUGGAGAAAGAGAGUAGAAGGAGUGAGGGUGGAGACUGGUGGAUAGAACCCAAAUUCAUGACUCACCUCCCCCAAAUUUCAUCUCCCCAGUUGUUUUGCCUAGAGCCCCCAUCUCCAGGGAUCGCCUCUCCCCAGCUGACCAGCAGAGGGAGCCUCCAACAUAGACAUUUCAAGUCCUACUGUGGACAGUAGGGGAGUCUGGGGAUUUUGUGUGGAAGAUUCCCUUGUAAAGAAAAUAACCUGUUAUUAUUAAA